CUCCCUCUCUCGCUCUCUCUCUCUCUCUCGCGCUCUCUCGCUCUCUCGCUCUCUCUCUCGCGCGCGCUCUCUCUGCCUCCGUCUUCUCGUCCGGCGGGCCCGUCGGUGGGGCUUCUCGCGGGUAGCGGGCAGCGGGUAGCGGCUCGUAGCGGCCAGCGGCCCGCGAGUGGCAGGGUCCGGGUCUGGGCGAGUCGUCGCUUGGGUCGGUCGGUAGGUGCAUGUACGGUGGUAGUGCGUGCGGUCGCGGAGCGCGGUCCGCGACGGCGCUUUGGCCCUUGAUUGGCCAGUCGCAGUCGCGGAGAUGACGAUGGGCUCGUGAGCUCGAGAAUAUGGCUGCGACAGAAGCCGAGAGCCAGCGGAACGAUGUGAAGCCGAACGAGGUCGCGAAAUGCCCGCAGAAGCGGCCGCAGUCCGGUGUUAGUAGUGCCAGUGGCCCGAGCAACGACCACCCGGAUACGGAGCUGGAGGAAAAGGCCCCCAGGGGCGCGGCCCAGCUGCCCAAGUAUGUAAAUUGCGCCGGAGAUUCGGCGUUUGAGAUGAGUCAAUACCGCGAGGAUGCUGGGGGACAUGCCGCGGGACACGGGCACGCCGAGGGCCGCGAGAUCAACAAGAGCCGCGACGCUCUCCUGGCCCAGGACCCGGCGGCCGCCGGCCAGCCCAAGGCCCCGUCGGACCCCGGUGACUCCCCCGCCGGCCACCCGGGCCACCCGGGACACCCGGGGCACCCGGGCCACUCGGCCCCCGCCGCCAGGGACUACGCCGACGACUACGGUAACCAGCCUCCGAGAUUCCUUCCCUCUGGGCGCGAGUCCGAGCCGGUUCGUAGGGAGCGCGUCAUCGAGCCCGCCGAGUUUACAGGAAAGCAGUCCGAUUACCACUGCAAGUCGAUGGGUGACGGCGAAAAGAUGCACCAGAACGACGCCGACGACCGCUACGUCGUCGGCAAGGCCGAGCCGCGUUUGGCUCACGUCGGUCCAAGCCUGGGGACCUAUUCGGGGCAGCCCAGGUUCCUCUCGGGACAGAGCAUAUCGCAGACUACGGGUCCCACUCCUACGCUGAACCAGCUGCUGCAAGCCUCGAGUCCGGUCCAUCGGUUUCACCCCGGUUACCCAGGAAUUGGGCCUGAUUCUUACCAGCAACCUUGGCCCAUGCAGCGACCUCCCGUCGUGCCACCCAUUUAUGCUCAGACGAAUCAGCGACCUCCGCAGCCGAGUUCGCCUAGGAUACAUCCUGGAUCCGCGGGUCCUAAUUCACCAUCUCCUAUCCCGUAUCCUCCAUACGGUCAGCGUUACGCGUCUCCUUCGAGACCUCAUUCGCCGUAUGCCCAGCAUCAAUUAAACUCUUAUGGUCCACAAACUGCUCAUCCAUCGAGUAUAUACCCAGAGCAGCGAGGUUGGAGCCAAGGAUCCCCUGCAAACCCACAACCACCGUCUACGAAUCAAGCAAAUUCUGCAAGCCAAUCACCGCAGCGAGCUCUUUCCCAAUCUCCUGCUCCACCUCCGUCUGCAUCUCCUCAACCGCAACCUUCUAAUCAAUCACAGACUUACCACAAUAUGCAGCAGCGGUCAACAACUCCAAACGCCCAAGGAAUUGAUUCUGGGGAGCUGUCUGGUCAAAAUAGCAACGACAGUUCGAAUGGACCUGCUGGCCCAGGGACACCAAACUCUCAGGGGAUGAGGCCUACCCCUUCACCUACAGGGUCCACGGGUUCUCGCUCAAUGUCCCCUGCUGUUGGUCAACAAAACCUUCAGAUGCCACCCCGUCCAUCGAGUAGUCAGUCGGACGGAAGUGGACCAGCACGAAUGAGCCAUUCUCCAAUGGCAACGCAAGGAUACCAACAGCCAUUGGGACCUGCAUCUCAUAUGCAUGGAUAUAAAAUAAACAACACUGGACCAGGUGUAGUUCAACCAGGUCCUGGGUCGACCGCCCUCGGGAAUAUCGGCCCGCUGGUUAGUGGAAUGGGAUAUGCAACCGGUGGUGUCACCACGGGACAGUCUAGUGGUUACCCGCCCCAGGGAACUUAUCCACCACCGAGGCCACACAUGCAGUUCCCACAGGGAUAUCCACCGCCGACCAAUUCACAACCUCCGCCGAACAAUCAGUAUCAGCCAAGCAGAGCCAAUAACAUGGCACAGUAUCCUCCUUAUCCGCAUAAAAUGGGGUUCAACAGUGUGCCGCCUAGCAUGUCGCCGAGCCCAGGACCUCCGCAAGUGUACAACACUGGUGGAAAUUCGAGCAUGGUACCACCAGGUACUCCGGCGUUAACUGGGAUCGGCAAUAUGGGUCCGCCCACGGGUUCCAUGGGGCCUCCGCCACCGUCACCUAAUCACGUUAGCAACCUACCGGGAUCCACGAUACCACAUCCGCAUCCUCCCGCGGCAACACCACCGCUCAAUCACGAAGGAAGUCCCAUGCCACCACCUAGCACGACUCCUAACUCUCAUCCUGUACCUGUUUCCUCGUCUAGCACUCACAGUUCUGCCGAUCUCGCCGUUGAGACCUCAAACGAUGGAGGCAUAACGACCACGGCAUCUGCUUCGUCGACCAUAAACGUAACGUCAACGUCGAGCGGUACAGUUACGUCGGUGAUUACAACGGGUCCAGAUGGUACAUCUUUGGACGAAGGAUCGCAACAGUCUACCCUGUCUAACGCAUCGGCAGCGUCCGGAGACGAUUCGGUGAUGACGCCAAAAGUCCGUAAAGAAAUAAUCGGUGGGUAUCACAGUCAUCCGACCACCCCGCAGAGCACGGUACCUUCGCCUGGUGCAGCAAGCAUCAACUCCACUCACGAAGAGUAUCCCGACAUGAACAGUCCUGGAUGGCCACGUACGCCUGCUAGUCCCGUGUUUAACAGUCAUGUGCCUCAAGACCCGUACAGAUCUAAGAAACCCGACAGUUUGGCGAAAUUAUACGAAAUGGACGACUCAAUGGAGCGAAGAAAUUGGCUGGACAAGUUGGUAGCUUUCAUGGACGAAAGACGGACACCGAUUACUAGUUGUCCCACCAUCUCCAAGAACCCCCUUGACUUAUUCCGUCUGUAUCUCUACGUGAAGGAAAGAGGGGGCUUCAUGGAGGUAUGCCAGGUAACUAAAAACAAGACAUGGAAGGACAUAGCUGGAUUACUCGGCAUCGGUGCUAGUAGCAGCGCUGCGUACACUUUACGCAAGCAUUAUACCAAGCACCUACUACCUUACGAGUGUCACUUCGACAGGGGCGGGGUAGAUCCACAACCUAUUAUAAAUCAGGUUGAGGCAGGUUCGAAGAAAAAAGGUUCCAAAGGAACCGCUUCCGUACCGUCUCCAGGCUCGUCGAAUUCUCAAGACUCGUUUCCUCCCGCCGGCUCGAGUGGAGCAUCGAUGGACGGAUAUGGGAGCUAUCAAAGUAGCUACACAGGCGGCACGCCAGGUGGGCCCUCUUCGGACUACACGCCACCGCCGCCAAGACCUCCUAGCCAAAGUAGCGCACUUUCGGCUCAUCAGGGAAUGCAACAGAGCAGCUAUCAAGGUGCAGGAUCUUAUCAAAACUACUCCCAAGAUCAGUACGUACGACCGCAAGGAAACGCCAUGAGUCAACAGGGAGAGUUCAGUCAGCCGUACUCACCCCGCUCUCAUUAUCCGUCUUACGUACCGGAUACCGAGAGGGUGUACCCGGGUGGGAAUAUGCCAUCGAGUAGUGCCGGGGGACAGGACAUCUUCAGCAGGUACGUCGGCGGUCAGCAACCGACCAACUACUCGGCGGGAGCAUCCCCUACGGCUCGCAGCAGUAGUUACACCUCUACGGCCCAGACACACCCACCCAGUGGACAGCAACCCUGCACGAGUCAGCCAUCCUCUCCGACUCAACCGCAAACAACGUCUACUUACUCCUGUCCGCAGGACUACUAUCGUCCGGAGCAGGGUGGAUACGGGACUUCCGGAGGAAGCCAGAUAUUCUCCAGCAGCACGUCAGCCAAUAAGAACAUGCCGCCACCGCCAUCGGGGCCUACCCAACCCAGGCGGCAUCCCGACUUUACCAAAGAUCAACAAUAUUCUCAGUAUAACCAGCAGAGGCCAACCUAUCCAGGGUGGCCGAGUACCACCAACCAGUACAACAGCAGUAGCGGGAAUAUUCGCUCCCAGUACCCGAGCCCCCAGCCGCAGACUCCGCCGCAACAGCCCCAGCAGUCUCAAGUACCUUCCGUAACGUCCGCCUCUUCCAACGUCGUAGGUAACCAGCAGUGGGGCAACCAGCAACCGCCGAGGCCCUCCUCGCAGCCCAACGUAAAUCCCGCUCCUCACGCGACGUCGCCCUGGGAUCAUCGCUACUCCAAUCAGCCCUCGCCGCUGUAUCCACCUCCCGGGACGCAUCAGGGCCACCUUGGAAUAAAUCCCAUGAUCGGGCCGCAGCCGACCGCGAAACGAGAAAUGACAUUCCCCGCCGACAGCGUCGAGGCGGUUACUCCGCUCCUGCACAAGCGGCGCAAGCUGACCCGCUCCGACGUCGCCCCGGUCGAGGCCUGGCGCAUCAUGAUGGCCCUGAGGUCGGGCCUCCUCGCGGAGAGCUGUUGGGCGCUCGACGUCCUCAACAUUUUGCUGUUCGACGAUUCUUCCGUGAGCUACUUCGGGCUGGCGCACCUUCCGGGUCUGCUGGACGUCCUGCUGGAGCACUUCUCGCGCUCCCUGUCCGACAUGUUCGACUCGCCGACGACGGAGGAGCAGCAACGCCACUGGUGCCACCCGACCGAGGGCCCCGAGGUCGACCUGGGAGCGGUGACGCGGCCCAUAGACGUCGAGGACCGCGCGACGAUGCUGACCACGUCGAACUACACCCUCCUCUCGAGACGGGGCCGCCCGGUGAAGGUGGUGCCCCGCGACACGGACCUCUUCGUCCUGGACUCUCGGCGGCAGUGGGACCACGAGGAGUGCGAGGCCGAGAGCUCGGAGCUCUGGCAGGUGGACGGGCACACCACCAAGUACAUAGUUACCUGCUUUCAGUCGGAGGUGUGCAUGGUGCCGUUCGCGAGGCACCUGCGGGACGAGAAGCCGCCACUCCUCCAGAAGGAGGUGGAGAGCGCAGGCGCCAGCGCCGUCCACGUCAAGGACGAGGUCAAGUCCGAGGUCGGGACCACGGCGGGCGAGGCCAACACCUGGAGACCCUAUGGCGGCGAGUCGACCGAGAGCAGGUGCAACAAGGAGGCCGGGGAGCGCAAGCAGGCCGAUAAGCGGAAGAAGACGAAGACUCUGAGCGACGUGCUCUCCCGGAUCAAGAAGGAGCCGCCGGAGGAGAUGAACGAGCUGACGCGCGAGCUCUUUGAGAAGAAGAACGACGGGACGCGGAGGGAGCGCAACGGCGACCCCAGGGCGAACAACAACGCGGGCGAGCACUUCGAGUUUCCGAGGAACGAGGAGGAGCUCUUCUUCAACCACAAUGGGGUGAACGACCAGUCCGCGGAGGGACCCAAGGAGGAGGAGGAGGAGGAACGGCCCAAGGAGGAGGAGGAGGAGGAGGAGGAGGAGGACGAGGAGAAGGAGAAGGAGCAGGAGCAGGAGAAGGAGAAGGAGAAGAAGGGACCAAAACUGAAGAUUCGAGACCCCGCGGGCACGCUGAAGAGGCGGCGCCUCAGCGACUACGAGGACGAGAGCUACUCAAGGGACGAGGCGAGCUUCUACCUGGUGACCGAGACCCAGGACGGCAUCGCUCGGCGGUGCAUCUGCCUCUCGACGAUCCUGCGCAACCUUACCUUCAUCCCCGGCAACGAGACCGAGUUCGCUCGCAACCUGACCUUCCUCAGCGUCCUCGGGAAGUUGCUGCUACUGCACCACGAGCACCCGAUCCGGACGCAGAAGACGCGCAACUACGACCGCGAGGAGGCUGCCGACUUCGCCGACUCGUGCAGCAGUCUGCAGGGCGAGAUCGAGUGGUGGUGGGACUUCCUCCACCACAUCCGGGAGAACGUUCUGGUGAUGUCGGCCAACGUAUCCGGGUACAUGGACCUGAGCCAGUACCCGGAGGAGAUCUCGCGGCCGGUGCUCGAUGGCCUGCUGCACUGGGCGGUGUGCCCCGCGGCCCACGGCCAGGACCCCUUCCCCACGGUCGGACCCAACUCCAGCCUGUCGCCCCAGAGGCUCGCCCUGGAGGCCCUCUGCAAACUGUGCGUCACCGAGAGCAACGUCGACCUCGUGGUGGCGACCCCGCCCUACUCGAGGCUGCAGCGGCUCUGCGCCGUCCUGACGAGGCUGCUCUGCCGCAGCGAGGAGCAGGUGCUCCGGGAGUUCGGCGUGAACCUCCUACACUUCCUCUCGGGUGCGGACAGCGGCGUGGCGCGCACCAUUGCCUUACAGACGCCCUGCGUCGCGCUCCUGGUCGCCUUCAUCGAGCAGGCCGAGACCACCGCCCUGACCGUCGCCAACCAACACGGGCUGGCGGCCCUCAGGGACAACCCCGAGUCCAUGGGCACCAGCCUCGACAUGCUGAGGAGGGCCGCCGGCACCCUUCUCAACCUCGCCCGCCACCCCGACAACCGGACGCUCCUGCUGCAGCACGAGUCGCGCCUCCUGGCCCUCGUCAUGUCGCAGAUCCUCGACCAGCAAGUCGCCGCGAUCGUCGCGCGAGUGUUGUUCCAGUGCUCGAGGGGCGCACGCAGUGACUCUACGCAAACGCUGGUGGGGUUCGAAGGACGCGACUCGUCCCUCCCUCAGACGACGACAACGACGACGACGACGAUGACGACGACGACGACGACGACGACGGCGACGACGACGACGACGACGACGACGACGACGACGAUGAUGACGACAACAACGGCGGCGGCGGCGGCGGGAUAGGAAAUGCACGGACACGUGCGCGCUGCGGAGGAAGCGAUUAUAUAAAUAUAAUGAAAUGAUAAUAUAAUGCAAAUUUUUAUAUUUGCAUGUUUUUGUGCUGUAAUUAGCGAGUAAUUAAGAUAUUUUGUAGAUAACACACUUCCAUUGAAUCUUAGGAGGUACGCACGCGCCGCGCGGACGCGGCGGGGGAGGCAAAUACGGACGGGAGGGCGACGCACCGAGUAACGGAGAGAACGGAUAACCGAUGUGUGAUAGGUCGUUGCUUAAAGUGUACGUUAGAGGCGACUCGAAUCGAGUUUCUCCAACGCCUUGGAAGCCGACGCGCCGACUAGCGAGGCUUCUCCGAGGAAAGCAUCGCCGGGGCGAUCGCUCCCAAGGCGUUGCGCGAAAGGUGAGCGAAAAGGAUGACCCAGACAUUUUCGGGAAGGGCCGCGAAGGCAAAAAGGAGGAAAGGAGGAAAGGAGAAAGAAGGCGGGACGGGACGAGCGCCGCAGAGGUUGGGAAGAGGGUACGCUCGCAUCCGAGGAGAUGUCGACAAAUUUGUACAGGUCGUGCACGUUACGUUUUUUUUCUUUUUGUAAGACGAUUAAGGGAACGUCUCCCUGUUCCGGGUGAACGUUAUCAAGCGGUAUUAUCAAUGAGAAGUCGGGGGCAAUUUGGAGGCGACCGGUCGGCUUCCGGUCGGCUUCCGGUCGACCUUCGCCCUCGCGUCGCCGGUACACGGCGAUACCUUCGACACGUAGUCGAUCGCGAUCGAUUGAGUACCUGUACUUUGCUUGAAACUUACGAUUAAUUGUCUCACAACCAAGAUCUAUUAAUUUCUAGUGGCAUCGGGGAGACGAAGUUGACGAAAGGGAGAGGGAACCGAAGUCGAGUCACUCUGUAGAUUUCUUGCCCGCGCGUGCGCCUUUAUAUUCCAAUUGACGUUGCAAGUACGGCGCUGUAUUUGCAAUUCCUAUGAAAACGCAUCGUGUUAAUUCGAGUCGUGCUGCCAGCCGCAACCUUUGCGUUCGCGAAUUGACCGACUCAAUUCGGGUCGCGCGCGCAAAGUCCGCGUCCCUCGAGCCGAGGGAAGAGAAAGGGAAGGCUCGCGGUUGGCGGUACUUCGAAGCAAGGAGGAGUCAAAAUAAAAGAAAUACGGUCGAAUCGAAUAGAGCAUGGACGGCGAUUACGAGCGGUACAUUCACGGAGAAAACACUUCGAGAGACGGAGAGAGAAAGAGAGAGAGAGUGAGAGAGUGAGAGAGCGAGAGAGCGAGAGAGCGAGAGAGCGAGAGAGUGAGAGCGUGAGAGAGUAAGAGAGAAAGCUCCUUAGUAAUUCCUCCUCCCUCUUCUCACCCUCCAAAAAACCUACCUUAGAUAUCUUAAUACAUGUAGCUUUUAAAUUAUUACUUUUGUUCGAGUGGAGAUGCCUGUAAGUGUAAUUUACUAAGACUUUUUGUAAAUAAAUUAUGAAAUAAACUAGACUUACUUUAUCCAAAAGGAUCUGAAACCUGAUUCUGAUAGAAGAGAGAAUGCGAGAGAGAAAGACCAUUUGUACGAUUUUGCGACUCGAGAGUACGUUUGCCUGUAUAUGUCGAAUGUCAACAAGAAAUUGAUUGCCGCUUCUAGAAUAAACGUUAGGAUUUCAGAACUUA